GGUACUGGAGUAUGUAAGUGGUGGCGAUCUAUUUGAUGCAAUUACCCAGGUGACGCGGUUCUCAGAAAGUCAGUCGCGAAUUAUGAUUAGGCAUUUGGGAUCCGCCAUGUCGUACCUACAUUCCAUGAGCAUUGUGCACAGAGACAUUAAGCCGGAGAACCUCUUAGUUGAACUAGACGAACAUGGAAAAGUUCUUGAACUAAAGCUAGCUGAUUUUGGAUUAGCCUGUGAGGUAACCGAACCUCUAUAUGCUGUCUGUGGAACGCCCACUUAUGUGGCACCAGAGAUUUUAUUAGAAGUUGGAUAUGGGUUAAAGAUCGACGUUUGGGCCACUGGUAUCAUUUUGUACAUAUUACUGUGCGGCUUCCCACCGUUUGUGGCGCUUGACAACCAACAAGAACCUCUCUUUGACUCGAUUAUAUCUGGAAUUUAUGAGUUUCCUGAUCCAUACUGGUCGGAUAUAGGCGACGGUGUGCGCGAUUUAAUCACCAAUAUGUUGCAGUCGGAUCCGGACGUUCGGUUUACAAGCGAAGACAUCCUUGAUCACUAUUGGACGAAGGGAAGUGAAAAGAACGAAUGCAAUGAUAAUAACAGAUGAAUCGUAGUCGUGUGUGGUGUUUAAAUAAACUCACUUCGAUUUUUUAGACGCGAGUACUUUUUGUAUUAUGUGUCCUAGAAAGCUA